UGUAAUAAACACAGAAAAACGAAGGCAUGGCGUCGGUUGGCUCGAUGGAAGAGGCGGCUAGGAAAAGAAAAGAAAAACUACGAGCUAUGAGAACGAAACAGAAUCAGUCUGGCGAAAAUGCUAUGGAAACAGAUGAAAAGGAAGCUUUGCCAAAACCUGUUUUUAGGAGCUAUAAACCCCAAGAUGAAAGCUUAAAGGAGCAGGCAAUACCAGUGGCUAAGCCAGCAGAUGUUACAGAGAAAAUUAAAUCUCAGUUAGAGGCAUCAACAACUAAAGAAGUGGUGGAAGAGGUGGAUAUCAUGAAUUUGGCUCCAAGAAAACCAGACUGGGAUUUGAAGCGUGAUGUAGCUAAAAAAUUGGAAAAGUUGGAAAAGAGAACUCAGAGAGCUAUAGCAGAACUCAUACGAGAAAGAUUGAAGUCUAGUGGUGAAGAUCUGGCCACAAUGGUCAAUGCAGCUAUGACACAGAAUGUCCAGGACGAUGAUUGAUCGACGAGGUGAAACAAACAGCUGAAAGACUUUCUGACCAAAUGCAGACUGGCAGGCCUAGGACUCUUAGGAUUAACCAGCCCAAAUCCAAGGGCCAUAACUCAUUCUGUGAAACAUGAGAAUAUUAUCUAUAAAGCCCGGCAGAAGUAAACAAGGUCCAUGAGUAGAUAUUUACGUCCACAUAAUUGCUAUCUGCGACAGCUCGUGAAGACGUGUGAAAUGUUGUUACAUGUGUAUUACUUGGUAACAGUCAUAUAAUGUAAAAUGGACCAAAGCACUGAUUCAGCCUUCAGUGGUAUUGUUUUACUUAUAGGGUCAGAUGGCACCGGAAUUUUGAAGAUCAUGCAUGUUUCAUUUGAUCAGUUUCGUUGCUAGAUAAGAAUUCAUCUAUACUAUGUAAUACUGUAUGCUCCUUAUUGUAAGGAAGACACCGAAAAUACAUUUGGUAUAAAGACCAUUCCCGUGAAAUGUUAAUGCAAUGACCAGCAUGUCUGCAUCAUCACUGAUUCGUUAUAACCGACAAUAUUCAUACAUAAUCCAUUGGUUACAGACAUCAGUCACAAUGUUAUUUCGUUCAGCAUAAAUAAUGUUUCAAUGAUAAAUGCUCAGCACACAUCACACAGUUGGGCAUUAAAACUUUAAUGGGUAACUCACUUUCUCAAAAUAUUUUUCAAGUAAGUAAUCAUAUACAUUUUUUCUUCAUGAAACAUAUGUCUAGAUAUAUCUUCAUCACCCUACUUUAUAAUUUUAUCUCUUUUGAAUUAUCGUUAUGUAUCAAUUUAAUUUUCUACAUCUCAUAAACGUGUUUUUGUAAAUGUUAGGAAUUUCUUUAACACUAGAGUUAUUGGCUAUUGGGCAAAAUUACUAAUACAGAGUAGUUGAUUGAAGUAAUGUAAGGUAAACAGGCAUAAAGUUUAGUUUAUAAAAUCAAAGAAUUUGUUGAUAAUAGAUGCAUAUAUUUAUGGUUAAAACUUGCUGGUGUCAAGAUUUUGUAUGAUCAUCUGAAGAUUAAAAAGACAUCCAAACAUUUAAAUGAAUUCAGAGGAUUACAAAAUAAACUAAAGCAUUUUGAUAAUAUAGAACCUAUAAUUUGGAACCUGGUAUAAAAUAGUACACAUAUUCCAGCCAACUCUAUGAAGAUCUCUGAUUAUGGUCAAAACCAUGCAUUGAAUGUAUGGGUAUUAAUUUUGAUCAUUUUCAAUAUAUUUUGUUAACAUUUUGAUACUAUAAUUGUAUAUAUACACUAUGGGCAUGUUGAGGAUAGUGAGCUAUUAGCCAUCGCAAAAAUGUUUGAAAAAAUAGCCAUCACAAAAAUGUUUAAAAAAAACUCUUUUCAGAAAGUUAAAACAUUGUUAUGCUGUAACUAAGAGCUUGAGGCCGGAUUAGGGCACAAAUUAAAAGUUAUCUCCCUUGAAACAUUUAUAAACACAAUCCAUACUAAUCAUAGACCUUUGUUGAUAUUCAAUUUAUUUAACCCACAUAUUGACAACCUGAUUCAAAUGUACAUGUACAUCUUUGUAAUAGGACUCCUCAAGUUUUGAAAAUGAAAUUCAGGAUUUGACCAAAAGUCCUUCAAAAAGAAAAUUAGUGGUACACAAUAAUUGUAGAUUUUUGAUGAAAAACAAAAUACGAUGACUGCUUAAAUAAGUAUGUUUACUCUGUAUGCUAGGGGGUAAAGUGCUGUGUAUGAUAAACAAGUGUACGAGGAUAUGUUUACUCUGUAUGAUAGGGGGUAGAGUGCUGUGUAUGAUAGACAAGUGUACGAGGAUAUGAUAUGAAAAUAAGAGAGUUUAUCAUUGAUGAUUGAGCUGAAUUGAGUUUGUGUGGAAUGUUAAGUUAUAUAUAUGUGUGGAAAAUGAAUUUUGAUAUUGAGUGUGUGGCAGUGUUUAAAUUGUUAUAAGCAGGAAGUGUUUAAGGUAGAAGUUUUAUAGAAGGAAGCUUAAGCAAUUUGCAAAAAUGUGUACAUUAGUUAAAGGAAUGGUGUAUGGGAAGUUGGACUGUAUUUUGUGUAUAAUAAAAAUGUAUUAUAUAUUUCC